AUGUUUAUAGUGGCCGGAACUCUUGCCCGGGCUAAUUCUCUUCUGUGUCUCCCUCUUCCAUCUGCCUCUUCCGUCUCCCUCUUCCGUCUCUCUCUCUCUCUCUCUCUCUCUCUCUCUCUCUCUCUCUCUCUCUCUCUCUCUCUCUCUUCCGUCUGCCUCUUCCGUCUGCCUCUUCAGUCUCUCUCUUCCGUCUGCCUCUACAAUCCAAUAACCCACCCUUCAAACAAUCAACACCUGUACACUCGUUCGAAUCUCUCUCCCCACCUCUCUCUCUCUCUCUCUCUCUCUCUCUCUCUUGUAGUGUUGGCCCACACCUGUAUACAGCUCACUCUCUCUCUCUCUUUCUCUCACUCUCUCUCUCUCUCUCUGGCUCACUCUCUCUCUUUCUCUUACUCUCUCUCUCUUUCUAUCACUCUCUCUCUCUGGCUCACUCUCUCUCUUUCUCUCACUCUCUCUCUCUCACUCUCUCUCUCUGGCUCACUCUCUCUCUUUCUCUCGCUCUCUCCUCCCCUUCACACAUAUAGUCUAUCGGUUUUCCACUCUAUUCAUUUGUCAUUCCCUCACAUCUCUCUCUCUCUCUCUUUUUCUUCAGAUCGUAAACCUUCUUUAACUCCUUCACUAAAUCUCUCUUUGUCUAUCUGUUUCUCUCUCUCUCACUCUCUCUCUCUCUCUGUGUGUCUCUCUCUCUCUUGCAUGUUUUCUUCUCUAUUCAUUUGUCAUUCCCUCACAUCUCUCUCUCUUUCUCUCUCCUUUUCUUCAGAUCGUAAACCUUCUUUAACUCCUUCACUAAAUCUCUCUUUAUCUAUCUGUUUCUCUGUGUGUGUGUGUCUCUCUCUCUCUCUUCUAUGUUUUCUUCUCUAUUCAUUUGUCAUUCCCUCACAUCUCUCUCUCUCUGUUUCUUCAAAUCGUAAAUCUUUUUUAACUCCUUCACUAAACCUCUCUUUGUCUAUCUGUUUCUCUCUCUCUGUGUGUGUCUCUCUCUCUCUCUCUCUUGUAUGUUUUCUUCUCUAUUCCUUUGACACACCUAUCUCUCUCUUGAUUCAUAUGUAUUUCUUGGACUGGUGGCAGUGA